AAUGAAGGCGUCUAGCCGGCACAUCUCGUCGUGGAGCGUGGAGCCAUUCGCAGUUGUAGUGAUGCCGUCUGUCAUCACUAUGCGGCGCGACUACUUCUUAUACUCUUGCAUAUAGAAGUAAACGUUGUGAUACAUUGAACUAUCUUGCUUCGCGGCGUUGUUUAUGAUAAACACGCUGAUGGCUUGAAGCAGAGCUUGCCUCUUAGCUCCUUAUCAUGAAUCAAUUUAUUUUGCUGAUCCUUAUGUGCACGGCUGGAUAUGUCGCAUUAUCGCGAGGUGAUGCCCACAACCAAGCUGGCAUGCGUGUGGGUGCGCCGGAGAGCCUUGUGCGGCAGCUAGAGGACCGGCGAAAGCUUCUCGAGGACUACAGGGUCAUUCCAGACUCGCGCGUGGCCAAGGUUGCUGGGCGCCGCGAUCUCGCUGCCGGCAUCACGCUAGGCGGCAAGCAGCAGCCCGCCGGCAACGGCAUUCCGGGCUCGCUGCAGAAUGGCCCGCUGGACCUCAGCACGGACUUGCGCUGGGUGGCGCCCGGCCUCAAGCUGAUUGUGUUCAUCUUGGACAUGUGCGGCAAGGGCGGCGGCGCGGCGGCGUCACAGCAGGACGUGUGGGACCUGCUGCGGGGCGGCUCGCCCAACCUGAAGGAGUACUACGACACCUGCAGCUACGGCCGCACAGGGCUAGACCUGGAGGGAACCACCGUGGUGGGCCCCAUCCGCCUGGACUGCAACGGCAUCGGUAACCCCACCAUGGGCUCACAGCCCUGGACCGUCACCAGCUGCCGCGGCGCCAACCCGCUGGGAUGGUUCUACGCCGCCGAGACGUACGCGACCAACACGCUCAAGCUGGACCUGUCGCAGUACAACCACCGUGUCAUCAUCAUGCCCAAGCUGCACCAGACGUUCCAGGAGGAGGGCUGCGACUGGGCCGGCAUCUCCACCACCGGCCCCAUCAACCCGGAGCCCACCCGCCCCGCCAACUACAAGUACUCCUACACCUGGCUGGCCGGCGACACGUGGGAAAACCCCUGGCUGUGGUUCCACGAGCUGGGCCACGCGCAGUGGCUGCACCACGCCAACACGCCCGAGCUGGAGUACGGCGACAUUGGCAGCGCCAUGGGCGGGGCGCGGGGCUUUGGCCUGCGCUGCUACAACCCCCCGCAGGUAUGGCAGAUGGGCUGGGGCUCGGCCUUUGUGCUGCUCACCCGCGGCGACCUGCGCCCCGGUGAGACGGUGCUGCGCUGGCUGCCGGCCGCCGCCUCCGAGCCCGACCACUUCAUGCGCAUAGCGCUGGCGCCGGCGGCGCUGGCGGCGGCGCUGGCGCCCGCCAGCGGCGGCGCGGACGUGAGCGGCCUGCCCGCGGCCUGUACGGCGCAGCUGUGGGUGUCGUACAGAACAUCCUCGGGCGUGUACGACAUGCCCUGGAAGGAGCCGGGCGCCGGCGUCGUGCUGGUGCACCGCUGGGACGGCACCUCCUUCUCCGCCACCUACAAGCCCUACGGCAUGGCCUCGCUGCGCCUGCCCAACGCCAAGGCCCCCGCGGCGGCGGACGUGCCUGUGGGCGGCGCCUAUGUGGAGGAGAGCUGCCGCCUGGUCAUCACCGCGCAGGACAUGUGGGACGGCUACGCGCUGGUCGGCGUGUGUGUGCGCACCAGUGACAGCGACACGGAGGACGACUGCGGCGACGGCCUCGACAACGACUGCGACGGGCUGGUUGACAUGAAGGACCCGGAUUGCGCCAACGGCGCCGCCAGCAAGAAGACCUCGCGGCCCUCCUCGCCGCGCCCCACUACGCCGCUGCUGGACUUCGGGGCGGAGGCGGAGGCGCCCGGCCUCAUCUACGAGGGACUGCUGCACGUCAUGAUUGACUCGAAGAGCAAGGCCGGGCCCAGUCCCUCGCCCUUGCCGAAGCCCAGUCAGGGCCCCAAGCCGAGCCCCAAGCCAAGCCCAAGCCCUAAGCCGAGCCCAAGUCACAAGACGUCGCCCGUAAUCACCGGGCGCAGCAACAGCAGCCCCAGCCCCAGCGGCAACCGGGCCGCAGCAGGGAACCUAGGUGUUGCAAAGGGCACUACCAAGGCGGGCGCAGGCCGGCGUGCGUUGGCGAGCUAAGUGCGCUGUUGAGCGUGAGAGAAUAAACACCUGCUUAUUAUCCGGAACUUUACGAGGGCCCGUUUCUUUCUUUCUUUUGACAACUACAUAACACUUAUACAGUGUCGGAGCGUGUUGUGACGGCACCGCGACCCGGGACUCCCCUGAUCUUGCCUUGUGCGCCAGCAUCCUGGCGGUUCCUGGCGGUUGCGUAAAUGUCCCUGGCGGUUGUCUCUGGCGGUUGUCCCUGGUCACCACUAAAAGCAGUCCGGGUCCGCUGCUGCGCGAUGAGUGCGUGGUUGGGGCGCUUCAUGGACGGCCUUGGCCGCUCUCGGCAGCCUUAGCCGCGCCGUCUUUCUCUCUUGUUUCGGAUGAAGGCUGGGGCUAACGGCGCCGCACAAGGCGCUGUGCCCCGGGAGCUUUCCAUCUUUGCUUUUUCUGUCACGGGUGUUCGGCAAGUAUUACAUAAAUGGGGUACCGUAUGAGGCUGUUCCGUACGUGUGGAUGGCGGCCUUGCAAGUGCGUAGUAAUCCACACGUGCAUGUGUGGCAUGGGAGCGUGGCAAGCCGGGCCGCUGCAAAAGGGCCAGCAAUUCAUGAUUGGUGGUGGCUCUCUAUACCCCACAUACCGCAAUGGCGGUCGCUGGCCGCAAAGCUGGGCCGCUGAGAGCCAUGUGUGCAGGGGUGGGCCGAAGUUCAAUUCUUCAUUGUCACAUUCAAUUCUUGAUUGACGGUGACAUCUCCCCCGAGCAGGGGGAACUCGCGUGUUGUACGGCGCACGCGUUUGGUCGGCAGGGUUGAAGUUGCCAUGGCGGCGUUUGGAGGUGGCGGUGCGCGUGGCACGUGGUGUGGCUGGCAAUAUGCAUGCGGCACGUCAGCCUCUGGAGCUGACGUGAGAGCACGGGGUAUUCUUACAUGGCGGUGAUGCUUCACAGCAAAGGUGAGGGCUUGAGCGAUCAGCGCGCACACGCCGCAUCCGUCCGUGCAUGCAUGAGUUGUGUGACACACUUUGUGCGUGUGCGUGUGUGUGUGUGUGUGUGUGUGUGUGUGUGUGUGUGUGUGUGUGUGUAUGGCAGCGAGGCUUUGGUCUGCGCAAUUUGCGGUUGUGCCAUGCAUGGUGGCACCUUGGUCGGUGGCAUAUCCGAUUUUGAUAGGCGACCGCUGGACUGGUCGUGCAUGCCUGCGCGUGCGCACAUAGCCGGUAGGUUCGGAGCGUAUGCAUGACUGGGGCAGGCUUCCACGUUGCUUCCGUGGACUAAUAAAUUUGCCUGAGUUGAAAGCACACACACGUGCACGAACGCAUGUGCUUGCAGCCCCGUGGCCUCGGUCGCCGAGGUUGAAGCGGCGUUGCGCCACUUUGGCAGGAGCGGGCGCUUGCAUAUGUUCUGUCAGUUAGAGGAAUGGCUGGCUGAUUGGAAGGGCCAUUAUAGAAUGGGCGGCCCUGGCUACUGUCCCGGGGCUAUGAUGAAGCAGAGACAGGAAUACUACAUGGAGAUAGUCACCCAGGCUCAGUAUUUACUGCCGUCGCCCGCAGAUCGGGUGGGCGCGCCAAGCUGCGCAGUCGCAUUGUUGUCUUUUCCAGUUGGUGCUUCGGUUGAGACCACCGUUUUGCCUCCAAUGGUGCGCGCGUGCGCGUACCACGCGCAAAGAGAUUCGGUUUGACUAUGAAAUAAAGGUGCUGAGAUGUCGGCUGCAGCAGCAUGUCGAGGCAAGUGCGUGGGCAGGAGGCACGAUGGAAGAUUGGUAUUACGGGGAAAGGACGGGGUAUGCUGUGUUGGAUGCGUGGGGCGAAUGCUAGAGGGUCGCGGACCCAGCUGUGUGUGUGUGUGUGUGUGUGUGUGUGUGUGUGUGUGUGUGUGCGUGCGUGCAUGCGUGCGUGCGUGCGUGCGUGCGUGCGUGCGUGCGUGCGUGCGUGCGUGUGUGUGUGUGUGUGUGUGUGUGUGUGUGUGUGUGUGUGUGUGUGUGUGUGUGUGUGUGUGUGUGUGUGUGUGUGUGUGUGUGUGUGUGUGUGUGUGUGUGUGUGUGUGUGUGUGUGUGUGUGUGUGUGUGUGUGUGUGUGUGUGUGUCGUGCAAGGGAGGUGGUCCUGGGAGGUGGUCCCCUGGCCGGUCCUUUGGUGGCGUAUGUACAUGUGUGUGUGACAUUUGCAAGCGUACAUUACCCACAUCGUACAUAUAACAUUGCAUCUGCAUUACCGUAUGCAGCAACGGGAACGAUUUGAGGUGCGCUGGCGCGGGUCCGCAUGCGGCGGAGGGCGGAGGAAAGUUUCGUGGGCAGGCACACAGGAGUUUCGUGGACGGGCCGACAGGUAGCACAUGGUAGUAGGCUAGUAGCAGAGAAUGACUUAUGACUGGCCUGGGGAAAUCUUGCUCCCACAAGGUGGCUUGAGUACAGAUGACCAGAUGUCAAAAACCUUAUUGUGGCAUGGAAUGCGGAUGCCCGGCGGUGUUGACGGUUUCAAACGGGGGCCUGUUAGAUGCGUUCGGAACUUUGGAUGGCUAUGUAAUGCUGGCAUGUU